GAAGAAAACGUCAACAGGAAGCAGCACAGGGGACGACUGCAGUUGCUAAAGCAUGGCAGGCAGACGGGCUCUGAAGGCCGUGCUCAUUGAUCUGAGUGGAACUCUGCACAUAGAGGACUCGGCGGUACCAGGGGCACAGGACGCAUUGAACAGGUUGCGGCAGGCAUCUCUGGCUGUCAAGUUUGUGACCAACACGACUAAAGAGAGCAAGAGGAACUUAUUGGAACGACUGCAACGUCUCAACUUCGACGUUCAGGAGAAGGAGAUCUUCACGUCUCUGAGUGCAGCGAGGAGUCUGCUGGAGCAGGAACAACACAGACCGCUGCUGCUUGUGGAGGACAGCGCGCUGGAGGACUUCGCUGGUAUUGACAUGUCUGAACCGAAUGCUGUCGUCGUGGGACUCGCUCCUGAUCACUUCAACUACCAAACACUUAACAAGGCUUUCAGGAUGAUUCUGGAUGGAGCUCCGCUCAUCGCCAUCCACAAGGCUCGGUACUACAAACGUACGGACGGUUUGGCCCUCGGCCCCGGGCCCUUCGUCACGGGGCUGGAGUACGCCGCAGACUGUAAAGCUACUGUGGUCGGAAAACCAGAAAAGACCUUUUUCACACAGGCUCUGUCUGAUUUAGGAUGUAGCCCCAGUGAAGCUAUCAUGAUAGGAGACGAUGUGAGAGAUGAUGUGGGCGGGGCUCAGAACACAGGGAUGCUGGGUAUUCUAGUGAAAACUGGUAAAUACAGAGAAGGAGAUGAGAAUAAAAUCCACCCUCCUCCCCACCUGACCUGUAACAGUUUCCCAGAUGCCGUUGAACACAUUCUGCAGAACCUGCUCUAAGCCACAAGUGACGGCAGAAUUUUACUCAAGCUUCCAUUUUGCACAAGAAACACUCCCGUCAUCCAUUAUCACCGUUGUAGGCCGGUGGCGUUUUGUUGUUGAGUCGUCAGACAGACUCGUACUCUCUCUCCCAGGUGGUGUAUCUGUCCGUCAAGCUUCGGGCGGAGGGUUUGGUGUGUGCGAUGACUUCUAAAACGUCAGCAGUCGUCACGGUUUCCAGCCGGAUGGCGGGCAUGACAGUGUCGCCUGUGGAAGAAAGUGACAGUGUUGUAUUCAGAGACACCCGGCAGAAGACGUGACAGGAUUUAAGUGUGUGUGUGUGUGUGUGUGAGUGUGUGUGUGUGUGUGUGUGUGUGUGUGUGUGUGUGUGUGUGUGUGUGUGUUAGUGUGUGUGUUGUCCUACCUUGAUGAUGUGACUCCAGAACAUCAAAGAUCUUGCGGACCGGUCUCAUGGCAGCCUCCUUACAUACCAACCUGAUGUCAGAGCCAGAGUAACCCUCCAUGUCCUGAAAAACACACACACACACACACACACACACACACACACACACACACACACACACACACACACACACAAACACACACACACACACACAAACACAUACACACACACACACACACACACUUAAAUCCUCUCACUGUAUUGUGAUCUUGCGUUCUCUCUUUUUAUUUUUAAUUUUUUUAAACUAAUCCCAAAUACGACAAUUCUCAUAUUUGUGACCAAGAAAAACUUUAUCAGAGAAAAAGUGUCACACACCUUUGCCAGGGUUUCGUAGUCCAACUCAGUCCGUAGCUCCACUCCUCUUGUGGAGUUGAGCGGAGGCAGCCAAUGAGAGAUCAUGGCCUGGCGAGCGGGCGCGGAGGGAAGAUUCACUAGAAUCCUCUUCUCUAACCUCCUCAGCAUGGCGGUGUCCAACUCCCUGAAAGACAAAGCAGGACUAGUCACAAACCUGUAUAGACAGCUGUUAAAUGUCUCAAGUCCAUUUUUCUCCUUAAUAUCUUUGUUCUCGUCUUCACCACUCAUUUUUUUUAGUUUGUAAAAAGAUGUUGAGAUGUUAAUGAUCUGUUGUUGCUUCAGCGAAUUACCAACUGUUUGAGAAAAGGGAAAUAAAAUUAGAAGAAACAACUUCUA